AUGCGUUUUUCAGCCCAGACUCUUGUCUCAAUAGUUGCGGGUUACUCCCUAGUGGUUCCUGCAACCCCUACCAACACCGUGUCAACUAUUUUUGAGAGGAAGUCGGCUGACAGUGGCGAUAUUGCGUCAGAUUUCUUGUCUAGCUUGAUAGCCAAUGCUUCACAGGCAAAUGCAAGUUCUGCAGGUGAGAAAAGGCGGCAUCCAAGCUCAUUGCAAGCGAACGUUGGUUACGCCAAGUACCAAGGCUACUAUGACUCUGCAAGCGACCUAAACAUCUGGAAAGGCAUCAGAUACGCAGAAGCACCUAUAGGGAAUCUCCGCUGGCAACCACCACGCUUUCCUACCACUCAGUCAUCAGCACAACCAAUCCCCGCUACUAACUUUGGCCCCAUCUGUCCCCAAGCAUAUCCAGCCAUUCCUGGGGUCCCUAGCAUUCUGGGUAAUGAAGACUGUCUGUUCUUGAACGUCUACGCGCCAUCCAAUUCCUCCAUGCUACCGGUCUUAGUGUACAUCCACGGUGGUGGAUAUGGCUUCGGUGACGGUACUCUCGAUAUGAGUGGUAUUGUAAACAGUAACGACAACAACUUCAUCGCUGUCACCAUACAGUAUCGACUAGGCGCAUUCGGCUUCCUGUCAUCGCAAGAAUUGAAGAGCAAAGGCGUUGUAAAUGCCGGCCUUCUCGACCAAGCGUUUGCACUGCUGUGGAUUAAACUCUUUAUCGCCCAAUUCGGCGGUGAUCCUUUAUCUAUUACGAUCUCAGGCGACUCGGCCGGCGGGAGCUCUGUUAUGUACCACGACAUGGCUGCUGGAGGUAGCUUAGGCACCUUGCUUUUCAACCAGGGAAUUGCUGCAUCUCCAUACUUACCUUUCCAAUACACUUACAAUGCUGCCUGGCCUACGGAGCGAUACUAUGCAUUCUCGGUCGCAGCAGGCUGCCCCAGCUCCGGGAAUGUCUUUUCCUGUCUUGCCGGAAAAGAUACAAUCAGCCUACAGAAUGCCAACAUCCAAAUGGCCGCAAAGCAGGCCUAUGGUCUCUGGGCAUUCUAUCCUGUUAAGGACAAUGUCUACAUCACAGGCCUACCCAGCCAGCAACUGAAAGAUAAGAAAGUGAAUGGAAAGAAGCUAUUGGUUGGCAAUAACGCCAAUGAAGGCCCGCUUUUCGUACCGCCCGUCAUCUCAACCGUCGCCGAUAUUACCAACUGGUUGCUCGCUGAAUUCCCCAACCUCUCUGCCACCCAAAUCAAUUCUAUCUUAGCAGUAAAUCCUAACGACGCAAACACUACCGCUGGCCCCUUAUUUGAAACCAACGGCAUAACAGGUCUGAAUGCUGUCAACGUAUCCCAGGAUGCGAAUGGCCAGCAGCAACGGGCUAAUAAUAUCUAUGCCGAAGCGACGUUUGUUUGCCCGUCAUAUUGGAUGGCGUCGGCAUAUACGUCCAAUGGCCGGCGGAGCUGGCACUACCAAUUCUCAGUUCCGUUCGCCUCGCAUACAACCGAUAUGAAUGCUUACUUCGGUCCAUCGACACCGAACCUGUCUACCGAUUUUAUCCUGGCCUUUAGGCGCAUUUGGGGCAAUUUUAUUACGAAAGGCGAUCCAUCUAUAACCAAUGCUAUUGCUAACGGAGCCUCUUCGUCAAACCCUAAUGUAGCAAAUGGCGCCUCUACCUGGCCAGCCUGGACUGAUACCAGGCCCAAGCAGCUCAACCUCAAUGAGACAGGUGGCGUACCAUAUUCAUUCACUACACAAUGGGGCGUGCCUGUCACGCAGUUUCAACAACCUGGCCUACGCAAUGAUAUCUCUGUUGUCCCUGCCGAUACUUGGGAAGGUGGCCGCGGUACGCGGUGCAAUUUCUACCAGACGCUCGCAAGCAGCAUCCCGGCAUAG